GGUCGAGCGGGCGUGAGGCAGGCCAGGGGGCAGGCCAGCCAGGCAGGCCAGGGUCAGCAGUCCUUGGUAAGUACGGGUGUAAGAGCGCGGGGCAGCCGUGGGGCGUCCGCGCCUGCUCCGUGGGCCCGCUCCUCGCGCUCCGGUCGGGCGGAGAGACGGGGAGGAGGGGGCGGGGGACGGGAAUGCUGAGGUAUGUGGAGUAGAGGGGGAGGCCGGUGACCCGCUACCUACCUCUCUCUACCUGCUUCGCCCGGUCGUGUGGAGCGUUCUGGCUGGGGCUGGACUGGAGUCAGAGCAGAGUCAAGCUGCUGGAGUCAACGCAGCGCAUCACUUCUGCGUCUUAUUCCGGCGUCGCUCUUCAAAGUGUUCUUCAAGAUCGGAACGUGAGGGUGCAGAUCGGGAGGCCAGGGGUGCCCCUCUCCGAAUCAGUCUUAACUCAACCAGAGCUGCUGACGUUUGGACCACCGGAUUGCAAGCAGCUCAUAAUACCUGCCAUGCAAAGCUUUAAGUUUUGAUGGAAUGAUUGUGUAGUUUGACAGUUUUCCUUCACAUGAUGGGAUCUAGAGUUGCUCCCCACUGCCCAGGGGAUAAGGGCAUUCCUCGCCUUCUUGAAGAUCUGCAACGGCUAGCUGAAGACCACGAAUCUGCUGACGUUGUUUUUUUAGUCGGGAGGGAUGAAGUGCCAGUUUAUGCUCAUCGAGUCAUACUGAUGGCUCGAUGCAAAAGUUUUCAGACAGCAAAAAGAGGCGAGCUCUGUCGUAUACCUGGGUGUUCUGUUGCUCCAGCGGCUCCAGGAGCACCCACUCCUGUGCGGCUUCCUCAAUUUCAAGGGGAUACAUUCAAGUUAUUUAUUCUGUAUGUAUAUACAGGUACAAUCAUGCUUCAAGAUAGUGCGGUUUUUGAAAUGUUGACACUUGCUCAGGAUUUGGGUGUGGAAGAAUUAAAGAACUGCUGCGAAGACCAUGUAUCAUCUACUCUUUCUGUGUUAAAUGCUUGUACUUUCCUAGCAGCGGCUCUUGAUAUACAUGAUCGAGCAGCUGGUGGUAAAGGAGCCAAAUCUUUUGUUGACCGGUGUACAUCAUAUAUAGGGGAAAAUGCACUAGAAUGUGUUAAGACAAAUUCUUUUCUGAAUCUACCAAAAGAAGCUUUGCUCAAAUUAAUUUCAUCUGAUCACCUGGCUUUAGAAGAGGAAGAUGUAUGGAGAGCAGUGCUGAACUGGGCAAAACAUCAAGCUGGUGUCACGCAACCAACAGCUCACUGGACAGAAGAGGAAAGAGUCAGAGUUUGUCAGCACCUUGCCGGAGUAAUCAAUCAUGUUAGGCUUCUGUUGAUUGACAGUCAGGUAUUUGCUGAAGAAGUUGAACCAACCGGUGCUGUGCCUAUGGAAUUAUCACUUGAAAGGUAUCGAUAUGCAGCAUUACCAAACAAGUUCAAAGAGAGAUCAGAGGACAAGCGAUUACAGCCUCGGGUUUCUUUGAGAUUAUUUCCCGGUUCACAAAUCUUGGUCAAAGAGAAGACUUCAUUACAAAGAACCCUAAAUUCAUGGUAUGGAAAUGCAAAGCAACAAUGGAGAUUAGUAUACAGAGCAUCAAGUCAUGGCUACUCAGCUGAAGCUUUUCAUAGACAUUGUGAUGGGGUUUCACCAACAUUUGUAAUUGUUCUGGGUACUAUGGGAGAAAUUUGUGGAGGUUUCAGUGAUGUAGCAUGGGGUAAGCCAAACACAAAAGGCCACUAUAUUCCUUCUGAAAAGGCCUUCCUAUUUACAUUAACAAAUUCAGCAGGUCUUCCUCCUACGAAAUAUGAUAUCCAAAAGAAACCCUAUGCCAUAUGCUACCAUCCAGAAUGUGGCCCAAUUUUCGGAGGUGGAGCUGACUUGUUAAUAUCCAACAAUUGUAAUACUAACCUUGACAGUUAUUCUAAUUUGCCUCAUUCCUAUGAUGGUGAUGGAGCUUCAAGUAGUGUGCUUAUGGGUGACUACAAUUUUUCUGUCUUGGAUUACGAAGUGUUCACUCCAUCAAACAAAUAAUUUCUGAUGUCUUAUUAUAAAACUCCUAUAAUUGGAA